GUUAUCACUGUAGAUCCGUGGAAUUCUAAGACGCUCAUUGAGUCUCCUCUGGUGAAAGACUUUACCCUCGUACUACAGGACCGUGGCAGCUGCUUGUCUGCGCACUCUUUGCUGGCCGGCGUUCAGCCAGGGGAGAAAAUCACAGUCGUAGACGCAUGUGCUUCUCCUAAUUCCAAGACGAUUCACAUGCUACAACUAAUGAGGUAUCGUAAAAUAGAAGGUACUAUGAUAGCAAUGGAGCUUGAUCCUAAGCAGGCAAAGGUGCUACUCGACCGUCUGGCAAAGGCUGGUUUCUUACCACGAGAUGGGACAAGGACUUCUGACGAAGUUGUUCAUCUGUCUGCGGAGCACAGCCCUGAUAUCAGUGUUGAGGUACGUGUUGGUGAUUUCAUCAAGUACAGCUCUGCCGAGGUCACCCAUGUGAAUUUGGACCCGAGCUGCAGUGGUUCUGGAUUGGUCGACGUUCACGCUGACUCUGAGAGUGUCGGCGCCCAGCGGCUCCGCAAGCUUUCAUCAUUCCAAUGCCGAAUGUUGGACCAUGCCUUGACGGCAUUCCACGCUGUUCGGACGGUUUGCUACAGCACAUGUAGUAUCAGGAACGAAGAAAAUGGCGAAGUUGUGAAGAAAGCUCUUAAUAGAUUGCAAAGCGGGUAUAGACGGGAGUGGCCUUUUGAAGUGGGGUCCUGUUGGAAGGAGCUCACCCACGGCGCUCGAGACGUUCAAGUUCGACCUGAAGUGGAUCACUGUCGGGGUUUCUAUCUCUGCAAACUCGUCAAAGACGCUAGUGUGAAGCGGAGGAGGUCGAGUGACGACGCUACUGGUGUGGGAGAAGUGUCGGCUCCGAGUACGUCUAGAAGUAAUCCUAAGAAGCACAAGCGCUCUUCGAAGAGCAAGGGCAUUACUAUUACCAAGUGA